CACGCUGGGGAAGUCCGUCACCACCGCUUUUGGACCUGCUGCAGCUUUCGAGGUUCCGUUCGGUUCCAUUUUUUGUUUGGGUUCAAAUUGAGACCCCCUAACGCUGGCCUCGAAAUCAACUGUCGAUAAACGAAAACGCCGUGGAUUUUAAUCGUCUUCAUACUAAUCCCGGAAACCCUUCAGCGAAGCGAAAGUUGAGAGAGUCGAGAUGAGUGUGGAGGCGUACGGGCCGAGCUCCCAGACCCUCACCUUCCUAGACACCGAAGAAGCGGAGUUGCUCGGAGCGGAUACCCAGGGUUCAGAGUAUGACUUCACCGACUUCACCCUUCCCAGUCAGACGCAAACUCAAGGGCAGACACAGAGCCAGCUGGACAACCAGGUAAAUGGUCCUGAUGAGGGUCUUCACAACGGUGGAGUGGAUGAUUCCGUGGCCAAAGCCAGCCAGCUGUUGGCGGAGCUGAACUUUGAGGAGGAUGAAGAGGACACGUACUACACUAAAGAUCUGCCCGUGCACGCGUGCAGUUACUGUGGUAUCCACGAUCCAGCGUGUGUGGUGUACUGCAAUACCAGCAAGAAGUGGUUUUGUAAUGGGCGUGGCAACACAUCUGGCAGCCAUAUUGUGAACCAUUUGGUGAGAGCCAAAUGCAAAGAGGUGACACUGCACAAAGAUGGACCGCUGGGCGAAACAGUGCUGGAGUGUUACAACUGCGGCUGCCGGAACGUCUUUCUCCUGGGCUUUAUCCCAGCUAAGGCCGAUUCUGUGGUGGUGCUACUCUGCAGGCAGCCCUGUGCUAGCCAAAGCAGCUUGAAGGACAUCAACUGGGACAGCUCGCAGUGGCAGCCACUGAUCCAGGACCGCUGCUUUCUCUCCUGGCUGGUGAAGAUUCCAUCUGAACAGGAGCAGCUUCGAGCCCGUCAGAUUACUGCCCAGCAGAUCAACAAGUUGGAGGAACUCUGGAAGGACAAUCCCAGCGCCACCUUGGAAGACUUGGAGAAACCUGGAGUGGAUGAGGAGCCCCAGCAUGUGCUGCUGCGUUACGAAGAUGCUUAUCAGUACCAAAAUAUAUUUGGCCCUUUGGUCAAAUUGGAAGCUGACUAUGACAAGAAGCUUAAGGAGUCACAGACUCAAGAUAAUAUAACAUGGUUCUGUGGUGCAGAUAUAGCUUCCUACCUACCCACCCCUACCCUCCCCGUGUUUGCACGCAACCUCCCCACCCCUCCAUCUUUUGGUGCAUGCUCUUGCCUUUGUUUUGGAAAUGGGGUUAAAUCAGUGCACGGUAUUGUAUCAGAUAUGCGGUUGAUGCAAGGAGAUGAAAUUUGUCUGAGGUACAAGGGAGACCUGGCCCCGCUGUGGAAGGGCAUCGGCCAUGUCAUCAAGGUCCCAGACAACUAUGGAGAUGAAAUUGCUAUUGAGUUGCGGACCAGUGUUGGAGCACCUGUGGAAAUCCCCCAUAACUUCCAGGUGGACUUUGUGUGGAAGUCGACUUCCUUUGAUAGGAUGCAGAGCGCCCUGAAGACGUUUGCUGUGGAUGAGACUUCCGUGUCUGGCUACAUUUACCACAAACUUCUGGGCCAUGAGGUCGAGGAUGUCAUCAUUAAGUGCCAGCUGCCAAAGCGCUUCACUGCCCCCGGCCUUCCUGACCUCAAUCACUCCCAGGUGUAUGCUGUGAAGACGGUGCUGCAGAGACCUCUUAGUCUGAUCCAGGGGCCUCCCGGCACUGGAAAGACUGUCACUUCUGCCACAAUUGUGUACCACUUGUCCCGACAGGGCAAUGGACCAGUUUUGGUGUGUGCUCCCAGUAACAUUGCCGUGGACCAGUUGACUGAGAAGAUCGAUAAGACUGGACUGAAGGUUGUCAGGCUGUGUGCCAAGAGCCGGGAGGCCAUUGAGUCACCUGUGUCUUUUCUGGCUCUACACAACCAGAUAAGCAACAUGGACAGUAUGCCGGAGCUUCAGAAGCUACAGCAGCUAAAAGAUGAGACUGGUGAGCUGUCAUCUGCUGAUGAGAAACGCUACAGGGCUUUGAAGCGGACUGCUGAGAGGGAGCUGCUCAUGAAUGCUGAUGUGAUCUGCUGCACUUGUGUCGGAGCUGGAGAUCCUCGUCUGGCCAAGAUGCAGUUCCGUUCCAUCCUGAUUGAUGAGAGUACCCAGGCCACGGAGCCUGAGUGUAUGGUACCUGUGGUGUUGGGAGCCAAGCAGCUUAUCCUGGUGGGUGACCACUGCCAGUUGGGUCCUGUGGUGAUGUGCAAGAAGGCAGCUAAAGCAGGUCUGUCACAGUCCCUGUUUGAGCGCCUGGUGGUCCUGGGGAUCCGACCAAUCCGCCUGCAGGUCCAGUACCGAAUGCAUCCGGCUCUCAGUGCCUUCCCCUCCAACAUUUUCUAUGAGGGGUCCCUACAGAAUGGCGUCACUGCAGCUGACCGCAUCAAGAAAGGCUUCGACUUCCAGUGGCCACAGCCAGACAAGCCCAUGUUCUUCUAUGUUACUCAAGGUCAGGAGGAAAUUGCCAGCUCUGGAACCUCAUACCUUAACAGAACUGAAGCUGCCAACGUAGAGAAAAUCACCACCAGGUUGCUGAAGGCAGGAGCCAAACCUGAUCAGAUUGGCAUCAUCACCCCAUAUGAGGGUCAGCGCUCCUACCUGGUCCAGUACAUGCAGUUCAGCGGCUCCCUGCACACCAAACUCUAUCAGCAAGUGGAAAUUGCCAGCGUUGAUGCCUUCCAGGGCAGAGAGAAAGACUUCAUCAUCCUGUCUUGCGUUCGAGCCAACGAGCACCAGGGCAUCGGCUUCCUGAACGACCCUCGCCGUCUCAACGUAGCACUGACCAGGGCCAAGUACGGUGUGAUCAUUGUGGGGAACCCCAAGGCUCUCUCCAAGCAGCCGCUGUGGAACAACCUGCUGAACAACUACAAGGAGCAGAAGGUCCUGGUGGAGGGGCCCCUCAACAACCUGAGGGAGAGCCUCAUGCAGUUCAGCAAGCCCCGUAAACUGGUGAACACCAUCAACCCUGGAGGACGUUUUAUGAGCACUGCAAUGUACGAUGCCCGCGAGGCCCUCAUCCCUGGUUCUGCAUAUGACCGCAGCAAUGCUCCACGGCAGUCCAGCAUGUACUUCCAAACACAUGACCAGAUUGGCAUGAUCGGGGCAGGACCCGGUCACAUGGCUACUAUGAAUAUCCCGAUACCCUUCAACCUGGUGAUGCCACCAAUGCCUCCACCUAGUUAUCUAGGUCAGACCAAUGGCCCUGCUGCAGGGCGUGGAGCAAUGAAAGGUAAACCUGGGCGUGGUGGGCGGCAGAGGCCCCGCGGACACCAGGGUGCCAGUCAGGGAAAUGGACCCAACAGUCAGGCCAGCCAGGAUGGAGCCUCCCAGUCCUUCUCCCAGGGGCCACUGACACAGGGCUACAUCUCCAUGAGUCAGCCCUCUCAGAUGAGCCAGCCUGGCCUCUCCCAGCCAGAUCUCUCCCAGGACAGCUACCUGGGUGACGAGUUCAAGUCCCAGAUCGACGUGGCUUUGUCCCAGGACUCAACCUACCAGGGUGAACGUGCGUACCAGCAUGGCGGGGUGACUGGACUGUCACAGUACUGAAGUGUUACCCAAAGAAGGGAGCUAGGCUUGAGCUGAGCUUAGUUCAUCAGCUUUUUAAUCUGGGAAAUAAAAAAAACAUAAAAUGGAUACCUGUUUUCCUCUGCUACAACCGAAGCACCACCAAGUGAAAGCGACGGGAUAGCGAAACCAAACCAAUGACCAGCAAGAGAAAUAUGAGGGUAGAAGAAGAAGAAAGCACGAACAGACAGGCAGGGAGAUGGCAAGAGAGGCCGAGUGAACAUGCGAGAGGCAGGAACCAAUGCCCGUGCAGAGUGAAGGAGGGAAGUCGAAAAGAUGGCGGCGUGUGGUUGGGCUGCUGAGGGAAGCACAGGAGAGAUAUAAACAGUCUCUCAAGGGAAUCCAUAUGAGGUUCAGCUCCAAAUAAAAUAAUCUUCCCAACACCCUCUGAGAAAAAGUUGUCACUUGUCUUCAGAUGAAGAUUGUAGCUUUUCAGCAGAAUUUGAAGAUUUCAUUCUUCAAACCUGGUUUCAAGACCUGGUUGCAGUUCUGCUUCCCCGUGCUUAAAGUUGGUUGACUCAACUUGUGUAAUGCCCUGGACUAGUUUUUUAAAAUUAGAUUUGACGUGGGAGAAGGGCACUACCAACAAUCUUCUACUGGAAACUCGAACCUCAGCAGCCUCUACAGGAAGCGGCAGUCGACAGACCCUCUCAGAGAGGAAAAAAACUCUGUUUUUUGUGCUUGAGUCUGAUAUUGAAAUGCCUUUCAUUUGCCUCGAGAACCACUGGCUCAUUCACAAGGUCUGUAAUGGGGUGGUUUCGACCGCUCGUCAGUGGUAGAGUGGCACGGGGAUUUCAGACGGAUUUUUCAAGGCAUGAGACGCGAAUCCCGACGAUGUCGCGAUCAUCAUGGGACAGUUUUUCUUCUCUGAAGUACCUUUCUUACCACAGAGCACAAAAUUGCAAAAAAAAAAAAGUCAUUGAAACUAUCAGACAUGACCAGCAUUGAAUAUUCAACUCAGUGUCACUUGAUGUUUCAGCGAAGGCUUUUCCUUAUUUUAAUCUUUUGAGCGACGGGGUUGUUGAUGUCCCGCGGUGCUUCGUGAUCAGAUGUCUUUUUAAAACACUCUGUGUACGCUUACAUUGGCAAAAGCUUGAAAGCUUUGCGCUGAGUGAUUCCUCAGGGGAUUGUGGACUGUCCACACUCAUCACAUAAAUCCCUGCUUGAGGUGAAAGAAAAUAAACAGGGGUAGGAGGAGGAUAUUAGAUGAGGCUUACAGGCGGUCGUGGCAAUCAAUCCAUUGCAAGAAAGGAGUAGAAAAGGAAGGUGGCUAAGGCAGAGAAGGAAACACGUUCAGGUCAUUGCCAGGGUCCAAAAUUUAGACUUUUUCACACCAAACAUGAACACAUACCAGAUGAUGUUAAGCUGGUGUUUUUUUCCACAUUAAUGAAGCCAUAUUAAAGGUCAUAUUGACCACACAAAUAAAAUGAAAGAUAAUCAGGUUAAAAACUUGACAUUUUUCAGAAAGAAAUGUUUAAAUCUGAAAUUAAGUGUUUAAUUCAAAAAUAAACUUGAUCUGAGGGACUUUUUUGUUCCUGUGGAUUCAAAUGUUGUGACUUUACUAAACCCCAGUCACUCUCAGCAGAAAUGCCAUCAGUACUGAUCAUGGAAGGGGUAAGGAGAUGAAAUAAGUGAAUGAGACACCAGAAUCAGUGCCUAUAACCAGUCACCCUCGGACAAACAGCUGCAGCACAAGCAUGAAUGUAGUUCAGUCAAACUACCAGCAUUUAAAAAAACCUUCCAGACACCAGAGGGCUUAAUAAACCUACAGAAAAGGACUUGUUUUAUUUAUGUGCUUUUAUUAUUUGAAUAAAGCCAGGUAAUGAGGCCAGUGUGUCUAGCAGCUGGGCUUAUUUGGGGCGGGGGGGAGCCACCUUCCUUCUCUGUGGAGUAAAAGUAGAGGUUAGGAUUUAUUUUUUCUUCUGUGGAUGUUUGAUUUAUGCUAAGCAGUUUUGCCUGCAUUAUGUAAAGUUCCUCCUGAGUUCAUCCAGACUUUGCUUUCGUCAGAUAUUUAGCUGCUGUGUGCAUCGUUGCGUUGUGUAGUCUUACUGAGCUGUUUUUUGUAGCAACUUGACUGCAGGAAUGAGAGGGAUGCCGUUUCCUUUCUCGAUUUUUGUAUCUUUUCUUCAAACUGUCCGAAGGAUUGUAGUUUUGUAACUCUUCCAGGAGAGACACUUUCUGAAAACAGCAAGAAUGUACUCCACUGUUGUUUCUCACCUGCUUCUCAUUUCUGCAGACGUGACAAUCAUGUUGCGCUUAGACGUUGCCAUUUAAUUGAUUUAGAAAUAGGUCUGUUUUGACAUUUGUGCAUUGAGUUCUUUUAACAUAUCUUGUUCUGCUGAAUCCUAACAUGUUAGAGCUUUAAAAUAAAUUGUUGCUGUAAUAUUGGUUUUUGUUUUUCUCCCAUCUUCUGAGCCACAAUCAAUUCCAACAUGCGCGGUGAUCAUUGAAGAUGUUGUAGAUUAAAGCACUUGCAUCCAAAUCGUUCAUCCACUGUCAUUAGGCUGAGAUUUAAGUAACAGACUAGACGUCUCAAUGUGAUGUAAAUUUUUGAAACGAAGGGUCUUAUUUGCGGUGACGUUUCAUCACAAGAUGCUGAUUCUCUUGUUAAACUGAAUCAAUAAAAGCUGUCAACUUCA